UAAAAUUCCAAAGUUAUAAACAGAAGUUGUACACAUUUGGGUACCUAUAUUUUUGAACUGAUAAUGUGAGUGAUGUGACCGCGGUGCUGCCGCCGCAUCACAUUUGCAGCCGAACAAAACGAUUACGUAUAAUACGUAACCUAGAAAAAUAUACAUGUCCUCAGAACCACACGGGACUUGUUGAUAAUACAAAUACAUUAAAUAAUAAAAUCUUAUAAGUGAUUAUCGAAACAGUAGAGGCUAAAGAAGAUUACUAAUUUCCUAAAUUGCAUAACUGGUAUAAAUGUCACUCGUACGCAGAGCUCAGCAAUGGGGCGUUUUUGCUCAAACAUGGCAUGUUUUCGAUGCCACAUGGCAAGAUCCAUACAAAAGUGCACUAGUAAUAGCACAUUAUCUGAAGGGAUUGCAGAAACCUAUACAUCAUCCUUCAAAUGAUUGUGGUGAUCACGUUGUUGUUAUAAAUAGUAAGGAUAUUGCACUAAGAGGAGAUGAAUGGCAAAUGCGAGUUUACUUUCACCACAACACUUAUCACCAUGGUGCAUCGUGGACAAAAGCAUGGGAACUUCAUAAAAAAGAUCCAACAAUGAUUGUACAAAAAGCAGUUUAUAGUGUGUUAGGAAGUACUUUAAAAAGAAGGUAUGAUAUGAAACGUCUUCACGUAUUUUAUAAUGACGAAAUACCAGAGAAAAUCAAGGCAAACAUAAGUUCUCAAAUAAAGCAGCUAAGGCCUGUACCAGUAAGACUUGACCACAUAUCUCAAGAAGAACUAGAUCAAUUCCCUCAACUUGUGAAAUUGCCAGAUAAAUAUGUUUUAACAUAAGGAAAGUAAUAAUACAUAGAAAAUAUAAUUUUUAUCAAAGCCACUUUACUUUGUUUUUUUUUUCUAAAUGCAACAUACAAUUUCAUUGUUAUAAAAUGUAUAAAGACAGUAUAUAAUCGCGUGUUUUGUACAAUUAGCUAAAAAGCUAUGUAUAAAUUGGAAGGUCUCUAAAA